GAGUGGGGCAGGGGGCUGCAAGGCUGAGAUACCACCCGCGUCUCAGGGUAGGGGGAGCCUGAGCCUGCCCCAGCUUGGGGGGGCCCCACACCAGGACCCCCCUCUUCUUUGGGGGGGACUUGGGGGGGUCCACCUGCCCCUGGGGAGGGGCACGGGGAGGCGUCCCCACCCCGGGGGGGAGGCAGGGAGCCCCCACGCUCCCUUUAUGAACAGAGGGACCCCCCUACACCCUGCAUUCCUGUGUCCCCCCACAAUGCGCACGAGGGACCCUGACCUCCCCCCCCCCACCGCUCCGAUCUCCCCCCCUUGCUGCCUGGGCAACUCCGGUGGCUCGGCUCCCGCCGGAUCCGCUCCGCACGCGUCCAUCGUCCGUCCAUCGUGUCCCCCCCCGGGACUCGCCGGCGGCUCCGGCGCCGUCUCCAGCGCCUUGCACUUGGCCGUCAUCCACGAGCACGAGGCCUUCCUGGACUCCAUCCUGCAGUACACGGGAGGCACCGAGUACCUGGACCUGCAGAACGACCUGGGACAGACGGCGCUGCACAUCGCCGUGAUCCUGGGCCUGGCCGAAUUCGUGCGCAAGCUGAUGGCGGCCGGCUCGGGGCUCUGCGUGCAGGAGAAGGGAGGCCACACGGCGCUGCACCUGGCGUGCCGCGAGGGCCGCCGCGCCUGCGCCCAGCGCCUGCUGGCCCCGCUGGCGCCCGGGGCCGCCGCCGAGGAGGAGGAGGAGGAGGAGGAGGCACGCGCCCAGCUCGACAGCGUCAACUACGAUGGUUACACCCCGCUGCACGUCGCCGUGCUCCGCAAGGACCUGGAGAUGGUGGAGCUGCUCCUGGGCGCCGGCGCCGACCUCAACAAGGCGGAGCCGAGCUGCGGCCGGAGCCCGCUGCACCUCGCCGUGGAGGCGCAGAGCCCCGAGGUGGUGGAGUGCCUGCUGCGCGCCGGCGCCGACCCCGCCGCCCGCAUGUACGUGGGCUACACGCCCAUCUACAGCGCCAGCCACCGGCCCUGCGGCCGCAUCCUGCAGCUGCUCCGCGACUUCGGCUCCGAGGAGCCCCAGUGGGACUCGGAGGAGAGUCCCGACGACGCCAGCGACGAGGAAUACGACGACAUCGUCAUCAACAGCGGCCGCUACGCGGACUGAGGGAGGGCCACGCCGCCGCCCCGCUCCCGGCGCACGCCCGCCGCCUCCGCUAUUUAUCCGGCGGCUCCGGGAGAGCCGGCGGCUGGACUUUGCCGGAGCUUCCGCUCCCUCCCCGCUCCCCCUCCCCUCUUUCCACCACCUUUCGCCGCUUCCCCUCCCUAAUCCGUUCCCGGUCGUAGCGUAGAGGAUUUAUAUCGGUUGUUGUAAAAUAAAGAGGUGUUCGGCCACGGC